AUGCUCACUGUACUCUUUGCGGCAUCGCUGCUUACGACAAGCUCUCUGGCUGGUCCAAUCUCUGACGCUGGUCGAUCCCUCAGUGGCCUCGUUGACUCGCCCGCGUUGUUCCCCAGAGGAAACGGAUGCAGUGCCUCUGGAAACUUGCCAACAUCCUGUGGAAACACCACCGCUGUCGAAAAUCUGUGCUGUUUCGAACACCCUGGGGGUCUCUUGCUACAGACUCAAUUCUGGGAUACGGAGCCAGCCAAUGGUCCUGCUGAUAGCUGGACUAUCCACGGCUUGUGGCCUGACAAAUGUGAUGGAACAUACGACUCAUUCUGCGAUCCUUCACGAGAUUAUAAGGAUAUCUCCCAAGUCCUCAGUUCUAAUGACGCCAGUGAUACCCUCAACUUCAUGAAAGAGUAUUGGCUGGACAGAGAUGGUGAUCACGAUAAGUUCUGGAAGCACGAGUGGUCUAAGCAUGGCACAUGCAUGAGCACGAUCAAGCCUACAUGCCUGUCCGAUACUGAGCACGGUGCCGACGCUGCUGCGUAUUUCGAUACAACGGUCAAGCUAUUCAAGGACUUACCAACCCACAAAUGGCUGGCGGAUGCAGGCAUUCUACCAACCGACAACCAGACAUUCACUUAUGAUGCGUUGGCCGAGGCCUUGAAGAAGGGCAAGGGUGUAAGCCCCCGCAUUGAUUGCAAGGAUCAAACCCUCAAGGAGGUCGUGUGGUAUUUCAAUGUCAAAGGCUCAGCUAUGGCUGGAGAGUUUAUACCCAUUGAUGCGCCGGAGGGCAAGAAAGGCUCAUGCCCCAAGGAUAACAUCAAAUAUACCCCGAAGUCUACGAAAGCCAAAGGAAAGAAUCCGAAGAAGGGCAAGAAGAACUGA